AUGGCUUCCAAAUCUUCUACAGUCGGUCCAAAGGCCUUGGUCUUAUCAGCCCUCACUAUAGGUCUUGGUGUUUUUCUCGCCCGCCCUAUUAAUCGCGUCACAACGGUUCUCGGCUUCUUCCGCACUCCGUCGUCUACUAUCGUCUCGGAUGCAGAUUUUAUAACCAUUGGCGAUACAACUGUCUGCGAGGACGUGCAUCUUCACUCUGGGUUGCUGUAUACAGCGUGUGAAGACUCGUACGCACCAAGGUUCUCGUGGUUUCCCGGUCUGGGCGUUCUGCACGAUCCCCUCACGGCUAGCAAGUCGCGUGGGUCUAUCCACGUCAUAGACCCCAAGACGUUCAAGUCGAAGAGACUAGAGUUUGAGGGCUUUAAGGGACCGUUUAUUACGCAUGGUAUUGAUGUUAUUGCUGAUCCUAAGGAUAAGGAUAGUGUUUAUAUUUUUGCUGUUAAUCAUGUUCCGAAUCCUGAGUACCUCCAGCAUGUCGUUGAUGGGAAGAAGGAUGCAUUUGGCGGAAACAAAGCUGCUUCCCAGAUUGAGAUCUUCCAUCAUCGCAUUGGAUCUUCAACAGUCAAGUAUGUCCGUUCGAUCAGCCAUGCUCUGAUCCAGACUCCAAACGACAUUGUUGCCCUGUCCCCGACAAGCUUCUAUGUCACCAACGAUCAUCAUUAUCGUGAAGGUCUCAUGCGACAGGUUGAGGAUAUGUACUAUGGCGCGAAAUGGUCCAACACAAUCUAUGUUGAGAUCACAGAUACCGACUCCGAGGACUCAGCAGCCGGAUUCAAUGCUUCAGUCGCUCUGACAGGCCUCCAUAACAACAACGGUCUCGGCCACGGAAGAACUCCCAACGAAAUCGCCAUCGGCAGUGCAGCCAGCGGAGACAUCCACAUAACCACCGUCAAACCCGACCAUACCAUCCAAGUCCUCGAAACAAUCCCCUUCGACACAGCCGUCGACAACCCCUUCUACUACAGCGAUCCAUUUGCCAGUGGAGACAAUGACAGCAGCGGUUAUAUAUCUGCUGGUCUUUCAAAGGCCUGUGAGCUAGCAAACAACAUUGGCAUCGAGACUGCCACUGAACCAGUAAUGGUAUGGCUUGCUCAGCGAAAGAAUGGAAAGUGGGAGAAUAAGCUUCUUUUUGAGGACGAUGGAAAGAGGGUAAGAUCUGCGGCUACAGCUGUGUUGAUUGGAAUUGAUCCAAAGCUUGAGGGGGGUAAGAAGAAGGGUUGGUUAUUUGUCACCGGGUUCUAUUCACAGCAUAUCGUUGCUGUCAAGGUCGAUCUAUGA